CCCUGAAGAAGAAGUACUUCCGCUGUGACGUAGCCAGUCUUAGUACAUGGCGGUUGUGAACAGGGUGGACAGUAAACAUUACCACGGUUAUCACUGUCGGUUCAUUUGCCGUGCUGACGGGAAAUUCACUGCCAAGGAGGCGAAAAAGACGCAAACGGUGAAGUAAUGGAGAGCGAAAAUGGAGAAACAGACACGAAGUGUGAAGAGACUGAGCUCCGACUGAGAGUGGAGACUUUGAAGCAGGAGCUCCACGAGUGCAGAGCAGAGCUGUCAAAGUUACAGAAACAACUGAACCAGUCGGAAAGACUACAGAGGAGCACAGAGAGCUACAACGAGGACCUGAGAAAACAGGUGGCCCAGCUGAGUGCAGAGAUUCAUGAACGUAAGAAGAAAGAAAAAGACAGAGUGGACAGUGAAACCCAAACAGAAGAACAUGUGUGGACAGAAACUGAUUAUUACAACUACUACUAUGGAGGCUACUCUCAGACCACAGAGGCCUCAGACACUCAGGAAGGCCUGAACACAGGAGCAGCGGUGGAUGCAGCUGAUGGCAGUGAGGCAGCAGAGGGGUCAACACCAAAUGAAGCAGCAGCAGCUGCUGGUGCUAACCUUCAACCUAACCCUGAUGACAGUGUUGCUGUCACAACAGAGGAGGGUGAUGGAGGAUCUAUAGCAGAUAUGUUGAGGGCCACUGCAGAAGAGGCUAUGACACAGACUGGGUUUGUCUUUGAUGAGACUACUGGGAUGUACUAUGACCACAGCACAGGCUUUUACUAUGACUCGGCCAGCCAAUUGUACUAUGAUGCCAACACAGGCAUAUACUACUACUAUGAUGCAGAGAGUGGGCGAUACCAAUUUCAUUCCAGGAUUGAGGUGCCUGUGGCACAGACUGCUGCAGAGCCUGUCCAAGACCAGAGCACGGGUGAAAAGAAGGGCCGCAAGUUUAAAAAAGGGUCCAAGAAAAUCUUGCACUGGGAUGAUAAGGAACUCAUAUUUGAUGAGGUGAAGUUGGAAGAAGAAGAAACAGACUGGGUUGAACAGCAAACAACCAAGAGGACCACAGAAUCACGAAAAUUGAAGCGAAGGUCUCGCAGUCCAGAUGUGGCUUCACAAAAAAAAGACUCUUCCAAACACAGAGAGCAGAGUGACAAAUCUUCGAAGCGGAAGAAGCAGAAAAGCGGUUCACAUGAUGAUGAGAAGAGUAGGUCAAGUAAGAAAAGGCAAAAUUUGAAGUCAAAAAAGCAGAAGAAGAAGAAGAAGAAGAAGAAGAAGAGCCCGCCUCGCAGCAAUGACUCAGAGGGUAAUAGUGAACCAGAGGAGGGUGAGAUCACGGAGUCAGAGAGAGAGGAGUGGGAGUCCACUCCCUCAUUCUCAUCAUCUCCUAGCUCCUCCUCCAAGGAAAGCGAAGAAGAGUCAGAAAUGGAGACUCAGAGUCAUGAAGCCAGAGACAUUUGGCCGCCCUGUGUAAGAGUGACAGUGGUCAGAUCUCCAGUGCUGCAGGUGGGCACUCUGUUCAUCAUCACAGCCGACUCUCCAGCCUCCAUUGGCAGAGAGAAGGAUAUGGACCAUGCAAUCCGAAUACCAGAAAUGGGAGUUAGCAAGUUCCAUGCAGAGGUGUACUUUGACCAGGAGCAGCAGAGCUACAUGCUGGUGGACCAAGGAAGCCAGAAUGGAACGGUCAUCAAUGGCAACAGGAUCCUGCAGCCCAAAACAAAGUGUGAGCCACACGCACUGAUGCACGGUGAUGAGGUGAAGAUGGGAGAGACUGUACUCUCCUUUCAUAUCCACUCGGGCACUGACACCUGUGAUGGCUGUGAGCCUGGUCAGGUGAUGGCUCACCUCAGCAAGUACAGGAGAGAGGAGAACACAGGUCCUGCUCUCAGCAAAGAGGACAAGGAAGCACUGAGACAAAAGGAGCUGAAGCAGAUGAAGGCCAAGUACGGCCUGCAGAGCAGUGAAUAUGAGGAAGCCAAAUCCCUGAGGAACCCUAGAUACAUGGACCGAGCAGAGUCUCGACGACAGACGGUCGGCAGCGAAGGUGUUUUUCAACGAGAUGACGCGCCUGCUUCUGUUCAUCAGGAGAUCAGUGAAGUCAAUAAAGGACGGAAAAUGCUUGAGAAGAUGGGCUGGAAGAAAGGAGAGGGACUGGGCAAAGAGGGAGCUGGAAUGAAAGACCCGAUUGAACUGAAAAUCAGAAAGUCCCAGUCAGGACUGGGGGCCGGUGCCGCCAUGUCUCUUGACGCUGUCUCCAUGACCAAAACAAAGUCCCAGAAGAACUGGGAGAAAGCGCGUGAGAGAUUUGCGGAUACAUGCCAACCUGACAUGCUGUCACCUAAAACACAGAAGCCCAAAUCGCCCAAAGCCUGGGUCAGAGGAGAAGAGACUGAGACAACAAACACACAAGCAGGUGUUGAUACAGACAACCAAAGUUAGGAAUAACUGAGUGAAUAUACUGUGGAAAGAGCGUCUCUAAUUUCUUAGGAAAUGUGAUACACUGUCUGUAAAUUACAGUGAGCAGUGAUACCAUUUUGUUCAGCUUUCAGCAUGAGGAAACAUUGCCGAAGACCUCAGCAACUAACAGAAUCUGAAUUGGUUUUCUCUUGAUAUGAAGAGAUCAGAACGGGACCAUAAUCAUGUUACACUGUUAAACAGUUGUCCAGUGCUGUGCAUUAACAGAAUCUGUAAAAGUCACUACCUGUGGUUGUAGAAUAUGUUUUUUCUCUUCCAUAAGUGAAUUAUCUGAAAUGUUUACACUCUUAAGAGCAGCAGUAUGUGUGUGUGUGUGUUUCACGGUCCAAUGUGUCUGAAGUCCAGCCUACAGAAGGCUGAGCUGCCACUGCACCUCCCGAAACAAAGAGGACAUGAAUCGCCUCCAGCAAAUAUUGACACAGUGAAGCUUUAUUUCUCACAAUGAGAUCAUGCUUUGACGAGGCAACUGUAGAUAUGUUGGGACAAACCUGUAACUGAUCACGCUGAACCAGUCACAAUGGCAAAAAAAGGAAUAUUGCACAUUAAACAUUUUCAACAUGCU